GCUGGUAUUAAUUCUGGACAAGAUGCUUCCUACUGCCGGCCUUUACUUGCCCCAAACUUUACAUCGCCACAACGAUGCGCCCGCCGCACGCCGCGCAGAAACAAAAGGUGCCAGCCUGAUGUAUUUCCAACCACAAUCCAGACAACCCGAUGAAGCGGGGUCAAAGGCCGCAAAUCAGACUCCUGUCGUCUUAGCCAGGACAAUUGCAACGGAUCCCGAGGUCUUCUCAUCACUCGGAACCGCGUUCAGCUUUGCCGAGUUUGUCUCUUCUCUCGACCAAACAUCUAAUGAGACGGAAGCGUUGUCCCAUCUAAUCCAGCAUAUACGAAGGGACGAUGCGGAAGCAUCGCGACUCUACACAUCACCUGCUGUCUCCAGGUUUUUGAACAUAUAUCCAGACCACAAGGCGGAAAUUGUAACGAUUAGACUGGAUCUCCGCCGAACCUUGAAUGACAUCGGCGCUUAUGUGGAAGCUGUGCGCGUAAUCGACGACGAUGGUGGACCAUUAGGACAGAGACAGAGAUUCGAGUGGGUUGCAAAUCACCAAGAAACCCUUCAAGAUAGGCAGCAAGCGUUGUCAGCUAGCCACCAGCAAUUAGUACAUGCGAUACGGAUCAUGACAACUGUUGAGCAAUGUGACUGGAUCGGACAAGACCCCAUUCUCAAGGCGCCUGUCCGGCCAUGGAUUAUGGACAAGCGCCGAGAUAACCCAGGAAGCCCUUACUCAAGAAGGCCCGCUCACAGGACUAUGUCUGCGUCGAAUAUUACGUUCUCGGACACCCAGGAAGGCAGUAUGAAUGGUUCUACAAUCUCGUUACCAGUAGAACUACCUGGCAGUGCUCCAGAUGAUCUUUCCAACGUUGAUGGCAGAGUUUCAUUCACUCUGAAUGGAUCAGGAGCGCCCAACAAGGAUGAGAUGACACGGUGUCUUUCUGUUCACGAGCUAGACAGUCGGCAUAUGGCUCUCGACAGAGACCAUGAUGCAUCCGAACUGGCUACAUCACCAAGUCAAAGGCACUCAUCACUUGAGCCAUUAGUAGAAGAACAAGAUAACCACGCAUCGGAUCAAUGUUUCGGUGCUGCAAUCACGCAGAAACAGGUGCGACAAGAGCAAAAGGCUAAACUCAUUGACGUCCGUCGAUCCUCGUACCCAAAUCAGUCUCAUACCACUGCGUCAUCCAAUCCCAGAUCUCGCACCUCGUUGGAUACAUCAGAUGUUCUACCGACGGUCAUCGAAAAGACCAUAGAACGUAACGACUCCGCAAUAUCAACAAAAGCGACAGUCGUUGUCCCAGUACGCCCAAAGCGGUAUCGUCCCCGAUCAUCCGAGACCCGAAGAACGCGUAAGAGUGAUGGAUCUUUAUCGCCAGAGUUGCCAUACUUUCAGAGUCAAUCUUCACUUAUCGAUGACCUUGCCGCUUACAUGUCUCCUAGUGAGACGAGUGAAGUGGAAACAUGUUACUCACCGACCUCAUCGGCCUCUGCAUUGUCAUCUCCAAGGUUUCCCCUUUCUUUCGAUGACGUGCCAAGCGAGACUCUGACUUCGAAUUUGGGACUCGCAAUUUCAAUGUCGAUGAUGAGCUUGGAUGAUCCAAGACGCACAUUAUCGUUAAAUUCAAAUCCAUCAAGAGUGACUCGUAAGCCCUUGCCUUCUGCCGAGGUCGAUUUGAGCCGGAGUAUAUCUGCACCCGCCGGCUCUUCUAAAACGACUUUGCUCCGUUCGUUUGAUAUGGCAGGCAAGACCGCAGCGUUCUCGGAGAGUGGGGAAGGGGGAACGUCUUUUACUCCAUUUGAUGGAGUAAGUAGGUUCAGUCCUUCGCUAACUGCCCCUCUCGUCACAGUGCCGGAGAUUCGAGGACUGAGUCCCACUGUCUACAACAUGGCCCCUCGAGAUGAUGAGCUAUGGUUUCUGCAGCACACGUUGUGCAAACAAGACUACGUCGACCAAACUGAGAUCUCGACGAAUCUACCCGCUCACCACGACAAUCCGAUCGACCAGGGCAAAACCUUGAUGAAUUCAACCACAGAGAAAGCUAGAUCGCCUGAUCAAGCACCACAUGAUACAAACGUGUCUAUCAACAAAGAGCUGACUGAUGAACACUUAUCGACUCAAAACCCACCAACAUCACCAACACCCACGUCUUUAGGAGCACCUCCAGAGCUUUCGAUUUCAAGACCCGAAGUUACCCUUAUUUCACCAAUAGAAUCCGUAAACGACAUCUUUUCACCGCCACAAUCCGCACUGCUAACAGCACAAGCCAAACGAAGAGCUGCACAUACGAGACGGAUGCAAAGAUCGUUCGGAGGGGGAUGAGAGAAUAGGCACCAGAGAGAAACACAGGUUUUAGAGUUCAUAUACCCAAUUUUCAUUUCGAAUUACCCAGUAGCAGGUAGAGGAAGCUAUC